AUGUGUCUCCACACAUACCACCACUACCCAGUAUGUGGGCACAUCUCCAACUGGAGCGUGACCAGCUGUCUCGAAUUCACCAACUAUGUGCGCCAAGUAGCAGGCACCGGUCAGACAGUUUCCUGCAAACAAGUCGAGAUAACGCACAAUCUCCUUCCCACCACACAACCCAGUCUCUGUGUCCAAUGUGAGAUGGAGUGGAGUGGAGCCGUUCAGCAAAAUGACCGCUACCCGCUACUACCGGACACUUACCGAAUCAUCGAGGGCUUGGAUGCAAAGAGUCCGAUCAUCGAAUUCGAUGCGCGGAUGACCCUUGAUGUGAGAAAGACCUCUUCUAACAGAAAUUACUAUGUGCGCCCAACUGACAACGAUCAGUGCGAUCUCUUCGCCGACGGCCCAUUGCACGAAGCGGGGCUUAGGAGUUGUCGGGCUUGUCGUCCGCCGAAGGGAAAGGAGCGGUAUUCCAGCUCCUCCAGAACUGUGAGUCGCUCAACCCAGACUGAUGUGAGUGGCAUCGAGAAAAGCCGAAAGAAAACAUUUGCCGACUGCUUGACGCAGUCUCCCUUGAACAGCCGGUGUGACGAAGCCAGACCAUCCGCGGGUGAGAAUCCAGCCAAACAUCGCCACUCCCGUCGACGUGAUCUGAGGACUGAUAUUUGUGAAUCACGGAAAACCGCUGAUACAGCUAAGGACCUGAUCGACUUCGCUUCUAUUACUUGCAAGCCGAGUUGCGGCGCUUGCUGGACUAGCUCGGACGACAUGAGCAAAUUGGGGACCCUCAACAAACCCGCUACCUCUCUCGACAGUCUGGAGACCAACGGGCCAUAUUCUGUUCAUUCAGAUUUACCUUGCGACGAACUGCCUAUCUUCAUGUCUACCAGCCCCUACGACUGGAUUUCAACUCUCAGUCUCGGCUACAGCUUUCUCGAAGACGCAACUCCGGUGCUUGCAAAACAAUUUGAAGGGCACCAGGAUGAACUUGAUGAGAAGUCUACUGAGCAGUCUGACUGGUCAGAUCGGAGUUCUGCGUGCCAUUCUCCAGCGCCCGCCCUGAAGCCAGUGAGAGGUCGAAAAGGAACACCCUACACGCGGCCUCUGCCUCACUUCCAGCGGUUUCAGUCAAUGCCUUCGGACACUAAGGCAGAUGGACUGGGUAUGUUUCUUCCUCCGGAAUGGGAGAGCUAUUUUGAUUGUUUCUUUCGGGAUCGAUUCUGUUGA